AUGGGCAUACCCCACCUUCCCUCCGGGCAGAGGCCCAGCCCAGCGGUGGCCUCUGCUGCCCCCUCCUGGAAGAAAGGGCUGUUCAGACACUACCUGUUUGGUCCUCUAGUGACACUUUGGAAAAACCUGUUGGAGGUAGAACCCAGGGCCUGGCAGAGCCUAGGCGAGCCUCUACCACCAAGCCUUUUUAUACCCUUGACUCCAGCUUCCUCUGCAGCCCACAAGACUGAACCUGUGUCCCCAUGGCCGCAUUUCCUGACUACCACCCUUCAUCCCAUUGUCUCUCCAAGUUCCGAUUCUAACACCCGGUUCCUAGCCUUUACCAGAGUUCUGGUUCCGGAAGGCCCUCCCCGGUAGGCCGGGGGCCCGGCUCCCACCUUGGCACGAGGCAGGGCUGAAGACAUGAACAGGAGCCUCCCCCAGUGCCUGCAGCAGCUGAACUUCCGCAAAAGUAUAGUGGGCCUGGCCACGGGCGCUGGGGCCCUGUACCUGCUCUACAAGGCCAUCAGGGCUGGUAUACAAUGUCAACCGCCCCUCUGUACCAACUCACCCAUCUGCAUCGCCCGUGAGUGUCUGCCCUCUGGGAAGAGGGCUCUGCCCCAGGAGGUACCUGCUUCUGAGGCCUCCCCUGGGGGAAAGCCCAAAGGCCUGGCCAUCGAGCGAGAGCGCCAUGGGCGGGACUCGGGGGAGCUCCGGAGACUCCUCAACUCUUUGGAGUGUAAGCAGGAUGACUACGCCAAGAGCAUGAUUCUGCACAGCAUUACCCGCUGCGUGUACUUGCUGGAGGCUGAGGCCUGUGCUUGUUCCACGGAUGACAUCAUGUUGGUGGGCGACAUGCUGGAUGAAAAGGACAACAACGUCAAGAUCCAAGCUCUGAAUGCACUGAAAGCUUUCUCUGGCAUCAGGAAAUUCAGGCUCAAAAUUCAGGAGCAUUCCAUCAAGGUGCUCGAGCUGAUCUCCACCAUCUGGGACACGGAUCUGCACGUCGCAGGCCUCAGGCUCCUCAACAACCUUCCGCUGCCUGACUACGUGCACCCCCAGCUGCGCCGGGUGAUGCCCGCCCUGAUGGAGAUCAUGCAGUCCGACUACAUCCUGGCACAGGUGCAAGCCCUGCGGCUACUGAGUUACCUAGCACAGAAGAAUGACCUUCUCUAUGACAUUCUCAAUUGCCAGGUACACUCCAAUUUCCUGAACCUGUUCCAGUCCACACAACCAGGAUGUCUGCUUUUCGAGAUACUGGUGUUUGCAGAGCGGCUGAGUGAGGGCCAGAACAUACCGCACUACCGCGCUGUGAAGUGGCACUACAACGAACAGUCCCUCCACGAAGCCUUGUUUGGGGACGAGUCACGCCUGGCAGAUCGGUUGCUGGCCCUGGUCAUCCACCCUGAGGAGGAGGUUCAGAUCCAGGCCUGCAAGGUCAUUGUCAGCCUGCAGUGUCCCCAGGACUUGGUAUCCCGGCGCUCUUCCUGCCAACCUAGCCAUUCCUACUUUAGAACUGGGGAAUAGAAUUAAAGAGAAGCCAAUAAAUGAG